AUGAGCGCGGUGCUGCUGCUGCUGCGGGCCCUGCGCUCCGCCCGGCCCCGGCCCCAGCUCCAGCCCCAGCCCCGGGCCGGCCCCGCGGCCUGCGCACGGCCGCGCCCCGCCGCGCCUUCGCCAAGGAGCUGUUCCUCGGCACGCUGCGCAAGCUGCAGCCGGGAAGAAGUUUUUCCUUACCCAGAAAUUAGCAAUGAAGAACUGGCAGAAAUCAACCAGUUUGUGGGACCUGUUGAAAAGUUCUUCAAUGAAGAAGUGGACUCGAAGAAAAUCGAUCAAGAUGCAAAAAUCCCACCCGAAACCUUACAAGGACUGAAGGACCUGGGUCUCUUUGGCAUGCAGAUUCCAGAGGAAUAUGGUGGGCUGGGCCUGUCAAACACCAUGUAUGCACGUCUGGGAGAAAUCAGCUCCCUGGAUGGCUCCAUUGCAGUGACCCUGGCAGCUCACCAGGCCAUUGGGCUGAAGGGGAUCCUCAUUGCUGGCACCGAGGAGCAGAAGGCCAAGUACCUGCCCCGCCUGGCCUCGGGGGAGCACAUUGCUGCCUUCUGCCUCACCGAGCCCGGCAGUGGGAGUGAUGCUGCAUCCAUCCAGACAAGGGCAACCCUGAGUGAAGAUGGGAAACACUUCCUGUUAAAUGGCUCCAAGGUCUGGAUCUCCAAUGGUGGCCUGGCCAGUAUUUUCACAGUGUUUGCCAGGACAGAGAUUGUGGACAAGGACGGGCAGGUGAAGGAUAAAAUCACUGCUUUCAUCGUGGAGCGGGACUUCGGGGGCGUCACCCACGGGAAACCCGAGGAUAAACUGGGCAUUCGAGGCUCCAACACCUGUGAAGUACAUUUUGAAAACACCAAAGUGCCUAUAGAGAAUGUAAUUGGAGAAGUUGGAGGGGGAUUUAAGGUUGCCAUGAAUAUCCUCAACAGUGGAAGAUUUAGCAUGGGCAGUGCAUCUGCUGGAAUGAUUAAGAAGUUGAUAGAACUGACAUCAGAGUAUGCUUGCACCAGGAAACAAUUCAAUAAGAAACUCAGCCAGUUUGGAUUAAUUCAGGAGAAGUUUUGUUUGAUGGCUGUGAAAGCCUACGUGAUGGAGAGCAUGGCUUACCUGACUGCAGGGAUGAUGGACAGGCCAGGCUUCCCUGACUGCUCCGUCGAGGCUGCCAUGGUCAAGGUGUUCAGCUCUGAAGGUGCCUGGGCAUGUGUGAGUGAGGCUCUGCAGAUCCUUGGAGGCCUUGGCUACAUGAAGGAUUAUCCUUAUGAACGCUACCUCAGAGACACCAGGAUCCCGCUCAUCUUUGAGGGCACCAAUGAAAUCCUGAGAAUGUACAUUGCACUGACAGGGAUGCAGCAUGCAGGGAAGAUCUUAACUGACAAAAUUAAAGCAAUCAAGAAAGGAAACGUGGGAGUGGCGCUGGGGGAGUUCCUGACCAGGUUACAGGACACCCUGGGCAGGAAGGUGGAUCUGGGGCUUGUAGGUGACAGUGGGGUGGUGCAUCCCAGCCUCCAGGUAAGGGCCUCUCUGCUGAGCUCUUGUGUUUGUUCCCUUUGCUGCUUGCCACAAUUUCAUCUCCUGUUUUUGCAAACCAAAAUGUAUACCUAGGGGCAGUGAGAUUUUCCAGGGUAAGCAGAUAUUGGCACCAUGACAGGGUAAGAAGUUACAGUUAUUGUCCAGGUAUCAAGGGAGGAUGAAGGCUGCUCUAAGCCUGUGUUUAUACCAAAUCCAGUUUUAGAUCCAUUUGGAUAAUUUGUAUAAAUUGAGCCUUCACCAUAUGAAAGCGUUUUUAAUAGCUGCCCUUUGUUAUAAGGUUAGUUACAAAACAGGAGUUUUUCCUGUUUAAUUGGAACAGAGUUUCAGGUCAGAAUGACUGUGAAUUACACAUACACAUACUUGCUUAAUCACUUAGGAAAAGGUUUUUAUGACCAAAAAUGAAUGUUCUGUUAAUAGGAAAAAGAUAAGGUAUAUUUUUCAUGGGGCGUUCUGUUAGUUACUUUUGUUAUCAUAAGCCUAUACUAAAAGUUACUGAGAGUAAACUCCAGAAAAUUGUAAUGGAUCUUUGAGAGAAAGAAAUGUGCCUGUCUGGCUUUUAGCAGCAAGGUGGAUGAAUGUUAAAAAAGAGAAAAUCCAGUAUCCUCUUUAAAGGGGGUGGGGGUAUGUUGCUUUUCUGUUAUAAGACUACUCAAAUUGUUCUAUUUUGUGUUUUGUUUUAUAGGAGAAUGCCAAGAAACUUGAAGAAAACGUUUAUUAUUUUGGAACUACAGUCAGGGGCCUGCUAAGUAGGUUUGGCAAGACAAUAGUGGAUGAGCAGCUGGUGCUGAAGAGAGUGGCAGAUGUGGUGAUUAAUUUGUAUGCAAUGACUGCAGCCAUCUCCCGGGCCAGCCGCUCCAUCAGCAUCGGGCUCAGGAACCAUGACCACGAGGUGAGUGUCCCUCAGCACCAACCAUUCCCACUCAGGCUGUGCUCCUGGCAGCAGGCAGGCUGCAUCUCUGGGGAAUUACAGCAAACUCUCCCAUAAAAGUGCAGCAGAACGUGGCUAAACCUGCCAGAGUGCAGGAGCCUCUCAGGGGCUCUGCUUGUUGAGCUGCACACUUUCAACAUGUUUAAAAUACUUCUUUAACACAUACACAGACAUUUAGAACCUCACCACAACUCUGCACGUUCUCUCAAAUCUGUUAACACCAUGCAGUUCUUCCCAAGCUCUUUCCAUAUAAUCAUUAAUAAAAACACAUAAGCACAACAGUAUUUGGGCAGCACAGCUCAGGACAGGAAAGGACAGUGCUUAUUUAGUAGCUCAUGUAAAGUUUCAUGGUAACAGUGGUGUUGCAGCACAAGAAAAAUUUGCUCCAGAUCAGUGUGAAAACAAAUCCAACGUGAUGAAGGUUUGGCUUUGGCCUUGAGACUUUGCUCUUUGUGUGAGCCCUGCUCUGGAUUGAUUCCCAAUCAGUCUUGGAGUAGCUUUUGGGCGAAGGCUCAUCCCAGCCCUGAGCCUUGGCAGUUCUCUGGCCUCAAAGGGACAGCUGAGGCUGCACUGCACAUGACUGGGGUUCAGGGCACCAUCAUCAAAGAGCUUUGAGAUGUUUCAAUUACUGUAUUCUUACUACAUGGUUUUUGUUAUGAAAUUCAUUCACUAUUUUUAAACUCAGUUUUACUCCUUUUCCAGGUGCUUCCUACAAAUAUCUUCUGCACAGAAGCCUAUUUCAAGAAUAAUUAUGCCAUGGCUCAAUUAGAAAAAUAUGCUGAUGAAAACCUGGAUGAUUCCAUUAAAAAAGCUGCAAAGCAGAUCCUGGAGAAGAGGGCAUACAUCUGCUCUCACCCUCUGGACAGGACCUUCUGAUUCCUCCCUGAGAGCAGGCACUCAUGAAUGUCAGUCAGGGAGGAAUUUGCUGCAGUUCCAGUAUUUGGCAUCUUAAAAGCAUCUGUUAUUUAAUGUCUUUACUAAAUGUAACUGUGUAAAAUAAAACUUCUUUCUAACCAAAAUUUCAUAGGAAAAGGAUAAAUACAGAGAUUUCAUUUAAA